GGUGAACUAGCGUUGCCAUGAUCUUAUUCAAGAAUUAUUGUUGUUAUUUAGUACUACUACGAUUUAGAAGCAUAUCUAUCAUUAGUAAUGUUCACUACAUCACCACCUUUCUGGCAUAAGAAACUGAUUAUUAGUACCCUUAUCUACCCGUAUCUGUAACAUCACUCAGCGAGUGUGCCAUUUCUUUAAUGGCACGAUUUGCAAUCAAAACGCGGUGUAAAAUUGGCAAUAUGUCAUGUCAGACGUCUACUUUUUCCCACGUAUUUACCUUGCACUAGUGUUACAGGAUAUGUGGUGAAGGUAAUGGUCCGUGUAAUUAUUUCAGUGAUUGAAUUUGUCCAAACAUACCUUUGCUAAUUAGUAGUUUGCCGACUUUUAAUUAAAAACUAAUCUUCUCUACUUGUAAAGUAAACAAUUUGAUACAGGCUUGAUCCGCUCAACGAGCUUCAUUUAGCAAAACAGGCUGAUGAUUCGUAUGAAAUAUUAUGUGACUUUAUUUCCUAAGUAGAGUAGCGAAAAGUGUUACUUUGCACCCCAUUGUUACGUCAAAGUACUAGUAUAGGGCGGUUAAAACAGUUGCAAAUUCAAAUUUAAAUGCAAAUUUUAACGUAUAACGACUUCCAUGUUUGUUUGCAAGAUUGAUACACACAAAACAUUUUCUCCAUCAGGUCCGAAUCUAUUUUGUCGCUUUCAACUUGAGCUGCUAGUGUAGUGUAGUGUGUUGUAUAUGAGAGCUUAACCCUUUCGCAUUGUAAUAUCAAUUUUCAUCUAUGAAAAAAAUGAAGAUUUAGGUUUGGGUGUGUCUGUCUGUCUGUCUGUCUGUCUGUCUGUCUGUCUGUCUGUCUGUCUGUGUAUUUGUGUUUCCGUAUUUUUGUAGUCAGCAUAACUCACUGAACCUCCUGAAGGAUUACGAUGAUAUUUGCUAUAUGGGUAUGUGUUGGGAAGUCAAAGGUCAAGGUCGAUUUUGGGGCCCCGGUAUGUGACCUUGGUUCUGCAGCAGAACUUUGGAAUCCGUUUUUUGUCUUUUGACCUGGACGUGCUAUGGUCUUGAUUUUUUGGUGGCAGGUAGUUUGUGACGUAGUGAAGAAGUGAUGUAUAUUUUGGCCCCCCUAGCUGCUUGCUCUGAAACUGCAAUUGAUCCUUUUUUUCUCUUUUCCCCCCUAAACUCUUACAGGUGUGAAUGUUCGGAGUCAACAGGAAUUGUACGAUGCAACAAGGCUGGUUUAACAACAAUCCCAGCAUCCAUCCCACCCUACGCAACUUCACUCACCAUCACCGGAAAUAGCAUACCCGUCAUAUCCGGUCCCAUGAACUCUUCCUCGCUGCUGAAUUUGAACCUUGCCAACAACAAAAUCCAGGUUAUUGAGAAUUCAUCAUUUGAUCUCCUACCGUUUCUACGCAAGCUCAACUUGGACAGAAACCCUAUCAAAUUCGUGAGCAGAAACGGAAGAGGUUUCAUCUACAGUCUCGGAUCCCUGCGGGAGUUGAGCAUGAUUGGGUGCGGUCUGGGCGAUGGAACCUCCGCCAAGGGAAAUCGAUCGAAUGUGCAAAGCCUGGUUUAUACCCUAGCCAAGUCACAACUAGGUUCGUUGAAAAAACUGAAUCUUGCGAGCAACCGUCUGUCGUCAUUGCCAGCCCUCCUGUUGGACGCUCUACCCUCUCUGGAGGCACUGCAUCUGCGCAACAACACCAUAUCCGAAAUCCCCCAAAACCUUUUUCUCAAAACCCCUGAGCUACGCGUCAUAGACCUCAGUUUCAACAGAAUCCGAACGGUUGCCGUGGAAACGACCGAACAAUUUGACAAGCUGGCUUCCCGGCAUUCCAUCAAGGUAAACCUCACCAGCAACCCUUUUUACUGCGACUGCGCACUAGUGGGUUUCAUCAGCUGGAUGCACCAGACUCGAAACGUCACUAUUGUGAAAAACGUCACGUACAAAUGUACAGCCAGCCAAUCAGGACCCUUGUCGGGUAGAAGUAUAAUGAAUUUAAUCCCGAAGUACCUCGGGUGUUCGUCGACGUCACGGGGUACCGGUUUGCGGCUGCCGUACGCCGGGCUUGUCGUAAUUAUCGUGGUUCUGUCGUUAUUGUUCGUUACCGUGAUGUAUUUGAACAGGCGCGGGAUCGCGCGGCAUUGCACCGAGCUCCAGAACGCCAGGAAAGGUAGAGUGGAGGAGAGAGAUCGGCCAUGCGUCGCCCUGCCAUACUCAGAAGUGACGUCAACGAUAUCUUGAUCCGUGUAGUUCUAUUGAAUACAGACAGGUGGCGUGAUUUUAUAAUAUGGUAUGUGACUGGUGUGUUUGUUGUGAUGAACGAAAACAGUUUGACAUUCCAUGUAGUUUCAUCACCUAGAUGCCUUGUUACCACGGAAGCUCAUCUGUGUUGGUAGUAAUCAUAGUGCAAUGCUCCACACAAUGAUAUACACGGAUCAAAUUUUCAACGACCACUGUCGAAAUACUGGAAACAAUGUCAGAAUACUGGACACUGAACAGGACUACUUUGUAAGAGGUAUAAAGGAGGCCAUUAACAUAUCGGGGCAUACCAGCCAUCACUGAACAGAGACGGUGGGCGAUAUUAACUUCCUGACACUUUCGACCAAUUGCUGACGUCACGCAUCCACAAGAUCACGUGUUACUGUAAUGAGAUCACGUGUCUGAAACUCUCGCGACUUUACAUUUUGAAGUGACUGGUCAUCAGUAUUGAUCCUGAAGAAGGCGACAGUGGUGGUUGGAAAUUUGAUCCGUGCUAACCGUAGUGUUGGAAGAAAGUUAAGCAGUGUACUAUAGAUGCCCUGUAUGAUGUAUGUGACCAUCUGAUUCUUGUACGUGAUGCUUGUCAUGUGGGCUUUGUGUGCGUUAAUAUGAACUUGAUAUGUCGAUAUGACAAGCAGUUGUGGAUGCUAUAAACAUACACUAGCAAGGACGUAACUGUUACGACGAUGACUUAAGAAACAGGACACAAGGUUGUUUCAGGAUAGUUCAUAUGGAUGACUUAAUUUUCAAUACAACCGCUUCAGAAUGAUAUUCAUGUUUGACAGUGCAUGUGUUCUUUACCUUCAAGUUUGAGAAGAACAUGUGCGCAUUCUUUGUAAUUAGCAUGACAAGGAUGUUAAAUUUCAUUUAACCUCCUUGUUCUAUGAUUUUAAAUCUGCAUGCCUAGUGUUUACUUGGGUCAAGUACUACAUAUGUAUAAUGGUAUGUCACUAGAUGGCGCUUCAGCACUAAUCUCCGAGCAGAUCCACGUUGGCAUAAUAUAGUAUCAAACCCACCGUUUGACUCCCUUUGGCCGGCUAUACUCCUUGACCAGCUUUGAUACUAUAUUAUGGCACCGUAGGAUGAUGAUGGCACCGUAGGAUCUGCUUGGAGAUUACUUCAGCACCACCUGUUAUGAUUAGUGAGAACAGUCAUGCCAGUAUCGGUAUUUGCCUCCGCUAGGUGCCGCUCUUGUUUAAUUGAUUUGAACCAUUCGAUGUCUAUACACUGACUUACUGUGUUCACAGUAUUACGUCACCAGCUUCUGUACAUGUGUCAACUAUAGCUACUUGUGCACAUAUUUUGUUGACGUCAUGAUGAAGAUGAUGAUUAUGAGGGUAAAACAGACGUGUACAUAUAUUUCUAAAUUCCGAGAGAGGGUGAUACAUUUGUUUCGGUUAUGAAAGCUGUUGUACUAGAAAUUAUGUCGUCUUCUUGACUUACCUCAAAAUGAAUCUCCAUCAUUUGUUCCAAUUCAAACAACUGAGGGCUAUCUCUAAUGGUUAUGUAGUGUUGUACUAGGAUUUUCUCCUUCAAAGUUACCAUAAUUUGGCCUAUUAUAUUAGCAUGAAAGCAUAAUUUGGCCUCAAAUGUUAACAAACAUGUCAGCAUCCACUUUUGGAAAAGUUAUGCAUGGCGUAAAGUAAUAGAGAUCACUUGCAAUUGGUCAUUUUACAGUGUUUGGAAAGUUUGUGAAAAAAGUAUUGUGAAUGAUGAUGGUAAUGUGCUAUGGAGCGACUUAAUCGCAAAAUUUGACAGAACUAUAAGCAAUAUAUUCGUCCUGUAUAAACAACAGUUAGCAAAUGAACAAAGAAUCUCACAAAUCAUGAUAACUAUACUGGUCCAUCUUCAAAGCUGUACGUUGAUUGCCAUAGCUAUAGGAAAAACUAAAUGUGGCUGAUACAAGAGAAUAAAGUUAGGAAAAAUGUAAGUGAAAAUACGAGGUCCUUGUGAGCCGAGUACGCUUGUCAUUGUCAGCGUGGUGUUUGUCUGUGUUUAUUCAUCUAGUAAAUGAUUAAAAGGGCUUUAGAAAGUA